UAUAUAGCGUUUGUCAAAGAGGAACUGAAGCAUUUGUGAAAAGAUCGGCCGCUAGCUCCUGUCUCGUAGCUAGCCACACGCGCGCUAGGCAUUCAUAGGUAGGCGAGCUAGCUAGCUAGGUAGCGGGUUCAUGUGCUGCGGCGCCAAGGUGGCGGACCCAGGAGAGCAACGCCGGCGGCUGACCGUCGCCGGCGACGACGACCGGGGAGACGAACGGGAGGCGGCUGCACUGCCGACUACGACGAUGUGGCGGCGCAGGCAGGCGCAGGAGAUGUCGGCCAUGGUGUCGGCGCUGGCCAUGGUCGUGGCCGGCGCCGGAGAGGGCGCCUCGGCGUCUUCUUCUUCUUCGACGAAGAGGCCCGCCGAGCAGGAGGCCUUCACCGAGGAGCCGUGGUGGUCGACGUCGUACGGCGACGGCGGUGCUGCCGCGCCGCCGGCCUCUAUCUCCAUUCCACCCGAUUACACAGCGACGCCGGUGCAGCACUCGCCUGCGUCCGCGGCGGUAGCCGCCGACGAGGAGCUACCCUCGCCGUCCUCCGCCGACUCCGGCGGCGGCGGCGGCCAGAGCACGCCGAGGAAGCGGUACCGGGGCGUGCGGCAGCGGCCGUGGGGGAAGUGGGCGGCGGAGAUCCGGGACCCGCACAAGGCGGCGCGCGUGUGGCUCGGCACCUUCGACGACGCCGAGGCCGCCGCGCGCGCCUACGAUGCCGCCGCGAUCGGGUUCCGCGGCAGCCGCGCCAAGCUCAACUUCCCCGAGUCCGCCACCAUCCCGCAGCCUCGGCAGCAGCCUCCUCCGGCGCCGAUGCUGGCAAUGCCGCCGCCCGCCAGGCCGGAGGCGCUGCUGGAGUCGCAGGCGCUUUUCGGAGGGGAGGCUUACUCCCAGUACGCCAGGUUCCUGCAAGGCGCCGCCGUCGACCGGUCACCGCUUCCCGGCGGCUCCACGCCGAGAACGCCAGCGCGUCCUCUGCUCUAUAGCUUCGGAGCUGACGCCGCGAGCUACCACUUGCAGCCGGAGAGUGGAGGCGAGGGUAGCGGGACGGCGUACCCGGCGGUGACCUCGCCGGCGGCGUGGGCGGCCUACGGCUUGUAUGAUCAUCAGCAGCCGCAGCGGCGGGAAGACCCGUCGGGUUAAUCCGAACGUCACCGGUCACCGUGACUGACAGGUGUGCCCGGCAGGUAUCGACAAAGAAAGAAAAAAGAACGAGGCCGGUCCAUUUUUCACGUCGCACCGUCAACGUGUUCAGAUUGACGGCGAUUUUUUGAGCUUCUUGUGGAAUUUCUGCAAAAUUUGUGACAAUCUAUUUUUUUAUUGCUCUCCUUUUGUAUGUCUAAGACAAAGAUGCUACCGUGCUAAAAUGAAGAAACUCAUGUGGUGCAAAAA